AUGGCUGGACAGAGGCUGGCGGCGGGCUUCCUGCAGGUGCCCGCGGUGACACGAGCCUACACCGCGGCCUGCGUCCUCACCACGGCCGCAGUGCAGCUGGAGCUUCUCAGCCCCUUCCAGCUCUACUUCAACCCGCACCUGGUGUUCCGGAAGUUCCAGGUCUGGAGGCUCAUCACUACCUUCCUCUUCUUCGGGCCCCUGGGAUUCGGCUUCUUUUUCAACAUGCUCUUCGUGUUCCGCUACUGCCGCAUGUUGGAGGAGGGUUCUUUCCGUGGCCGCAAGGCCGACUUCGUUUUCAUGUUUCUCUUCGGUGGUGUUCUUAUGACUCUGCUGGGAUUCCUGGGUAGCCUGUUUUUCCUGGGACAGGCCCUCAUGGCCAUGCUGGUCUACGUGUGGAGCCGUCGCAGCCCUCACGUGAGGGUCAACUUCUUCGGCUUACUCAACUUCCAGGCGCCAUUCCUGCCAUGGGCCCUCAUGGGCUUCUCGCUGCUGCUGGGCAACUCGGUUAUCACAGACCUGCUAGGGAUCGUUGUGGGCCACAUCUACUACUUCCUAGAAGAUGUCUUUCCCAACCAGCCUGGAGGCAAGAGAUUGCUGCUGACCCCCAGCUUUUUGAAGCUGCUACUAGAUGACCCUCAGGAGGACCCCAACUACCUGCCCCUUCCAGAAGAGCAGCCACAGCCCUAACAGCAGCUCCUGGACAGUGCUGUCCACACAUGACCAAGUCCUCUUGGAAGGACUUGGGAUUCAUUCUAGAGCAGCACGGUCCCUCCAGUGGCAGCAGCCCGUCUGGAUGCAUCAGGACCAAGGCCAGCAGAGGAGCGGACACUGUCAACCUCUACAAGGAUCUGCUAAGCACAAAGAGCCCCUGGGAAGCUGGAAAGCACAAGAAAGAACAAUGACUGGCUCUGCUCUGGGGCCUUGUGGCUGGCUAUGCAGACUCAGAACUAGAGGGCUGAACAGACAAGGCCUGACACACCCCCUGGCUGCACGCCCCUCCCAUCCACACAGAACUAGAGGGUGGAGCAGACAAGGCCUGACACACCCCCUGGCUGCACGCCCCUCCCAUCCACACAGAACUAGAGGGCGGAGCAGACAAGGACUGAC